AAACUUCUACUGGAGGAAUAUCGGCUCGCGGUUGAAUACGUUCCCGGAGUGUAGAAUGUCGGUGCGGACGCCUUUUCCCGACUUCGUUACGACUUCGUGCAGCAGGCAACUGAAGACGAGCUUUGUGCAGUUGAAAAAGAAGAAAUCGCCAUUGACGGCGCUGUGAUGAAGCGCCACCCGCUUGAUGAUCCACUUGCAAGGCUAUCAUCGCCAGACUCGAAGCCAAAUAAGCUGACCCAGACUACGCUCUAAGACCUGCGCUGGGUACUGUACUGCUUCACUACCAGAAACGUGUUCUCGUCCCUCAGUCACUGCGCAAAGAUCUGAUCGAGCUCUAUCACGACUACGUCCUGCAUCCAGGAGGAGAGAAGCAGUAUCAGACGAUGUCUUCCACCUUCUUUUGGCCUGGAAUGGAGAAAGCAGUGCACGACUUCGUAAAAGCCUGCGUCCCGUGUAAGCGCGCAAAACUGCACGGUGGUAAGCAGCUCUAUGGCCGAAUUCCGCCAACUCCGUCGACGAACAAUGACCGUCCAUUCGACAUCGUGCAUGUGGAUUUAGUGGGGCCGCUACCUGGAGAUCACUAUUGCCUUACGGCGAUGAGCAGCAAUUUCGUUGGCUAGAAGUCAUCAUCCAGCAAGGCAAGACGUCAAAAGUGACCGCCAUUAGCUUUGAGCGCGUGUGGCUUUGUCGCUCCCUCGUCCGAGACAAGUUGUGCAUGAUCUCGGUCCCGAGUUCACUGGGGACGAGUUUCAGCAGCUUCUGUCAUCGCUCGCCAUAAAGGACAAGCCGAUCACCGCCAAAACCCCGCAAGCGAACGCAAUCUGUGAAAGAGUGCAUCUCGAGAUCAUGAACAUCCUCCGCGUGAGACCUGAUCUGAUGGAGCAGUUGGAAGUUGCUUUGGACUACGCAGCCUACGCUAUCAGAGCGAGCUACCACUCGGUCCUCCGCGCGUCGCCAGCUCAGCUACUCUUCGGAGAAGAUAUGAUCACGCGUCAACUCCAUUUCGCUAACUGGAGUUUCCUGUCCAAGCAGCGCUUCCUGUCUAUCCUGCAAGACAACGAACGAGAAAAUAUGAAGCGACUGCAGCACUUCUACAAGGUAGGCGACCAAGUCAUGCUGAGGAUUCCGGCUCGCGAGCGAAAAAAGACGGAUCCAGUCUCAAAAGGCCCGUACAUCAUCAAGGAAGUCUACGACAACGGCACGGUGCGCCUCGACACUGGCAGCACCGAGUGUCGCGCGUGUUCCCGGCGCCAACGACCGAAUGGCCUGAAUUCUCCGGACUAUACGUCUCGAUUCGCCCCGGGUGGUCGCAGGAAGUGGAUAACUACGCUGUAG